AUGCUGGGAGCAGCAGGAGCUUCUGAUCUAGUGGCGCUCAGCAUCGACCAUCCAAGGGAGAUGCUCCAUGGUAUCGAACAGAGGGAAGCGAUACAUGCCCAGAUGCAGGAGGUACAUCGCAACAACCUGUUGAGAGGGGCGUCUUCCGCCAACUCCGCCAGUAGGAUCGACCCCAACCGCAAGGGCAGGAAGUUCUCCGGCGACGUGCUGGUCAACGGGAGAGCACAAGGGAGGAGCGGAGGAUGCGGGCGGAGAACGUGA